UUAAUGUGUUUUUGUGCAAUCGAAAUAGACUACAUCAAUUUAUAUUGCUCAUUGGGUAAUAAUGACGAUUCAUAACUUAUAUAUUUUUGAUCGCUACGGAACUUUGCUAUACUACGGCGAAUGGAACAGGUCUAAACAAUCAGGAAUGUCGAGAGAGGAAGAAGGCAAGCUGAUGUAUGGGAUGCUGUUCUCAAUCAAGUCCUUUGUAUCCAAGAUUUCCCCAUUGGAUCCAAAAGACGGAUUCCUGCACUACAAGACUUCAAAGUACACACUACAUUGUUUAGAAACACCAUCAGGACUUAAACUUGUCAUGAAUACUGACAACCAAGCUCAAGGGGUGCGGGAAUUAUUGAAAAAGAUUUACGGAGAAAUUUAUGUUCAAUAUGCUAUGAGGAAUCCCCUGUGUGGCAUUGGUGAGCCAAUAACUAGUGAACUAUUUAAAAGUAAACUCGAUGCUUUCAUCAAAACCACUCCAAUUCAUGCAGUGAGAGCUUCAUGAUAGAAACCCUCAAUAAAAUAAUUAUGAUAAUAAGUAUUUAAGGACUGUGUGUAUAUUUCCUAAGCUGUGUAAUGUAAAAAAUGUAUACUUAAGAAUUGAAUCCCUGUGUGUUACAUCAUAUCUGUCAAGUGACAACCAAAACUCACUAAUUACUACCAUAUAUAAUUCAGAGCCAUAGUGAUCCAUAGUAGUAUCAAACAAGGUUGAUUUUUAUUUUUUUGUAAUUAUAAUUAGUGAGUUUUUGUCAUCACCUAACAAUCUGUUCAGUGGCAUAACUAUACUAAUUGCGCUUCUAAUCAUAAUGAUGUCUUAAUUUCUUUUUAUAAAAUGUUAGCUUCCUCCUGUGCACACACCUCACAACCUGUAAAAACAGAGGUAACAUGACACUUUGUAUUUUGCUUUGCUAUGUUAGGCUACUGAUUGGAACGCUGAAGCAAGCUGAAAUUAUAUUUUGAAUA